AUGCGCAUCCACGAGAGCGGAAUUGACCGCAGCCUUGACACACCCACCCCGCCGAGCCCCACUCCCAAUCCACCACCUUGUGCACCCACUAACCACUCCCCAGCCGACAUCGACGCCACUGACCUUACCACCCCUCACUCCUCCCCUUCCUCCUCCUCUUCCUCCAUCACUGCCACAACGACGGCCACUUCGGCGUCUGUCGCCCACGACUUCACCACAGCCGAACCUGACACAACAACAGGCACAACCCCUGCAACCUCCAUCAUCAGACGUGAGGGCCAAGACUACAUCUGCCCUCACUGCGAUCGCACCUCCAAUUCACGCAUCGGCCUGGUCGGUCACUUGCGAAUCCAUCGCACAGAGACUGGCGAACCAGUGCCUGGAGCACCAACCUACACUCACCGCACUCGCCUCCACUGCCCACACUGCCCUCGCACUUUCACGUAUCGCAUGGGUCUAUUCGGCCACAUGCGCAUCCACUACGACCUGCGGUAG